AUGGCACAAACAAAGCGACCAUCUAUUUCGGCCGAAAGAACUCCGAUAAACCAAAGAGUUCCACGGAUAGUUGAUAAGACGAAUUCAGAGGAAGAGACGGAGAAAUCGGCGUCAAAAGCUGGAUCUGAGGAGGAGGAAGAAACUGCGUCAGAAGCUGGGCCUGAGGAGGCGGAGGAAACUGGGUCAGAAGCUGGGUCUGAGGAGGCGGAGGAAGAGGCGGAAGGAACUCAAAUCCCUGCUGAAAACACCGAGGUAUAA